GCCACGGCAUAUCAGUUAUACAGAAAUACCACUUUGGGAAACAGUCUCCAGGAGAGCCUUGAUGGGCUCAUACAGUCUCAACAGAUCACCCCCCAACUUGCCCUUCAAGUUCUACUUCAGUUUGAUAAAGCUAUAAAUUCAGCAUUGGAGCAGAGGGUCAGGAACAGAGUCAAUUUCAGGGGCUCUCUAAAUACAUACAGAUUCUGCGAUAAUGUGUGGACUUUUGUACUGAAUGAUGUUGAAUUCAGAGAGGUGAAAGAACUUAUUCAAGUGGAUAAAGUGAAAAUUGUAGCCUGUGAUGGUAAAAAUACUGGCUCCAAUACUACAGAAUGAAUAGAAAAAAAAUGGCUUUUUUAAUGCCAUCUUCUGUUAUUAUUCAUCGCUUUUUUGAAGAGAAGCAUAGAAGAGACUUUUUUUUAUUUAUUCUGGCAUCGCAGAAAUGACUACACUGAGCUAUAUAUACUAUCAGAAUUCCAAUAGAAAGAAGCUUAUAACUCUAGCCUCUUACAUUACCUUUUCAGCAUGAAGAAACAGAAGUUUUUUUUAAUAACAAACACUGUUACCUUCCUAAGAACAUCCUUGAAUAAACUCAUUCUAAAACUCAAAAAAAAAAAAAAAGUGAUGCAAAUCCAUACGGACUGAUGUGGACUGAUAUAUUAUUGAGAGGUAAAAUCAAGAUGUAGAUCAGAAUACAGAUGAUGAUCCCAAAUAUAUGCUUUUAUCUGCAUUAAGUUUUUUUCUGGAACACCAUGUGAAGAACUGCUAUAACUUAAGAAUGGAGAAAGAG